UUUGGUAUCGAUGCUCUCUGGGGCAUGGCUCUGUAGACACUACAGUAGAUUAUCCUAUUAGCGACCGCGGCACAUGCUCCGUUAUAUCUACGGAGAGCGGAACUUUUAAUGCUGAGCGUGGGGCUGAGGUCACUGCACAAUUUAGUGCUAGGGAGAAAAAAAAUCGUCUCUUAGCCUCCAUUUUGAGUAGUAUGGAAUAGCAUAGUUUGUAUCGACCACUACGCUGGCAGUGUCAACCUAAAAACGACACUAAGAGCCUCCGACAUGGACGACCUGUUCAGUCCGAGAAGCCUUAUUUCCAGGAGCCUGAACAGCACGCAGGGGGAGAUCAGAGUGGGAUCAAGUCAUCAGGCUAAGCUCCCUGAGCUGCAACCACGCCCUGUGUUUGGUGUUCAGACUCAGACAGAGAAUGAAGAGCUGGUGUGGAUGCCAGGGGUCAAUGAUUGUGACCUCCUCAUGUACCUCAGAGCUGCCAGGAGCAUGGCAGCGUUUGCAGGGAUGUGUGACGGAGGAUCCACAGAGGACGGGUGUUUGGCGGCCUCUCGUGACGACACCACACUCAACGCUUUAAACAUGUUACACGCCAGCCGUUACGACGCAGCUAAAGCUCUCCAGCGCCUAGUGAAGAAACCUGUGCCCAAACUCAUUGAGAAAUGUUGGUCAGAAGAUGAUGUGAAGCGGUUCAUCAAAGGUUUGAGACAGUACGGCAAGAAUUUCUUCAGGAUUCGCAAAGAGCUGCUGCCCAACAAGAAAACGGGGGAGUUGAUCACAUUCUACUAUCACUGGAAGAAGACGCCUGAGGCUACAGGCACGCGGCCGUACCGUCAGCACCGUAGACAGCCGUCCUCACGCAAGGCCAAGACUCGCGCCACCGCUGCCACUGUGAACACCCCUUCCCAGUCCCAAUCCAUGGACAUAAGUUCAGCCAGUGAGGAUGACCUGGACAGUGAAGACAGCGAGCAAGGCACCUGUGGACACUGUGCCACAACCACCUCUAAGGACUGGCAGCACGGAGGCCGGGAUAACAUCCUCCUGUGUACCACCUGUCGUACCUACUACAACAAACAUGGCCGCCUGCCGCCUGGCCCUAAGCCUGCUGACCCUCCCUUCAUGUUCAAACCUGUCAAAGAGGAAGAGGAGGGCAACGGGAAGCACGGCAUGAGGACGCGACGCAGCAGAACACCGUUGUCUUCAUUAAGAAGUGGCCACAAGAGGCUGACCGGCUCUCCUACCAGUGAAGACCAGCAGUCCAGUAGCCAUCCCUCUCCCGCCCCCAGUGGAGCUAGCUCCACCUCCAACGCAUCCAGAACCUCCUGUUUAGAGAAGACUGAUAACACAAAGAAGCCUGGCAAGAAGAUAAAGGAAGAGGCGCCCCUACCAAAGAGUACUAAACGUUCCAGGGAGAGUGCAGCCCAGGACCCAGAGGAGCCUGAGAGAACACCAACUAAAAGGACGAAGAUACUGCAGGUCAGACAGAGUGGUGAACAGGCAGAGUGCCGGUCGGAGGGCGAUGGAGAGGCUGAGGCAGAGAGGGGUGAGGUGGAGGAGGAGAGCUGCUCAGACAGCCGCAGUGCCCAGGACGACGGCAGCAGCGACACCAAAGACAUUGACCAGGACAACCGCUCCUCCUCCCCCAGCAUCCCCAGCCCUCGCCAGGGCAACGAGAGUGACUCUGACUCCUCUGCCCAGCAGCUCCAAGGUGCCCACCAGGCUGCAGCAGAGACCGUCAGUGCCCCUGCUGCUGCCCUUGCUGAAACACAGACCCCACAGAUUGUUCCUCCACCACGGGUUGCAGGCUCAAACACAUCCCUGCCUCCCCAGGGUACCUCUCCCUCUGCAGAGCCUGGCCAGGUACAGGCCCAGGCAACCCUCUCCCCAGAGCCUCCCCAGCCUUCAGCCACCUCUGCUCAGGCUGGUCAGUCAGUUAGCUACCAGACAAGUCCCCCACACAACCGACCCCUACCUCCCUCUCACCCUCUCGCUGGCCACUCACCUGUCCCUCCUCCGCUGGGACAGGCCUUCCAUCCUCCAACUCCUGUAUUCCAGGGUCCUCUUCCUUCUCCUGGCUCUCUGCCUCCCACCCAGCCCCUGUCCCUCCAUGGUGCUCCGACCCAGUGCCCCUACCCCCAGCGACCCCCUCCUCACUUUCCCAGGGAACCUUCCUUCCCCCAGGCCCUCCCCCUCACCUCCGGGCCCCAAAUCAAACCACCCCCAACCACACCCAUCCCUCCAUCUCACAAGCAGCCACCACACCUCUCUUCUUCCCUUGCUCCCCCUUUCCCGCAGAUGCCGUCCAACCUGCCCCCUCCUCCGGCACUGAAGCCCCUCAACUCCCUGCCCAACCAGCACCCUCCCGGUGCCCCUCCACCCCCUCCAGCUCAUGCCCCAAUCCCUGCCCAUGCAGCAGGGAGUCCCACCCCAGCCUCCCGUGCUCACGCAGCUGCAGAACCUCCCUGGCAGAGGCAGCCACUCCCACCCCCACUCCUCCCUGCCCUCCUGCUCUGCCCCUCAGCCUUGCACCCUGUCCUCUCUGCCUCUUCUCCCUCUACCAUGGGUCCAGUCCCUAGUCUCCAGCUCUCCUUCCCCUCCCUACGCCCCUCGCCCGAAAACCCCAUUGGCAUUGGAGGGUCACAUGUCCAGAUUAAAGAGGAGCCAUUGGAUGAAUGUGAGGAGCUUGAGAGUCCGCCCCCUCCACCCAGAAGUCCCUCACCGGAACCUUUGGUUGUCAACAUCGCCAGUCAUGCCAGCCAAUCAGCACGAUUUUUCAAACACCUGGACCGUGGCUACAACUCGUGCUCCAGAACAGACCUGUUCUUCACUCCCCUGGCCUCAUCCAAGCUGGCCAAGAAGAGAGAGGAGGCUGUGGAGAGAUCCAAGAGAGAGGCUGAGCACAAUGCCCGAGAAAGGGAGAAGGACAGAGAGAGGGAGAGGGAACGAGAGAGGCAGGAAGACAAAAAUGCUAGAGCUUCCAGCUCGUCCCACGACAGCCGUAUGAGUGAUGUCCAAAUGUCCGGCCAGGUCCACAUGCGCUCCUCCUUCGAGCAGCCUCCCACCAGUGUGGCCGCUGUGCCCCCUUACAUCGGCCCCGACACCCCUGCCCUGCGCACCCUCAGUGAGUACGCCCGACCCCACGUCAUGUCCCCCAACAAUCGCAACCACCCCUUCUUCGUGUCCCUGUCCCCCGGGGACCCUCUGCUGGCAUACCACAUGCCCGGCCUGUAUGCCGCCGAGCCCAGCCUGAGAGAGAGGGAGCUCCGUAACCUCCGGGAGAGGGAGCUCCGCGAGAGGAUGAAGCCUGGCUUUGAGGUCAAGCCCCCAGAGAUGGAGACCAUGCAUCCAUCAGCCAACCCCAUGGAGCACUUUGCCAGACAUGGAGCCCUGGCCCUGCCGCAUAUCGCUGGGCCGCCCCACCACCCCUUUGGCCACUUCCACCCGGUCAUGCAGAACCACCUGGAGAGGGAGAGGCAGGCACUGGCCCUGGCCGGGCCCCAAAUGCGUCCAGAGCUAAGCUACGCUGAGCGACUGACUGCUGAGAGGCUCCAUGCUGAGAGGAUGGCAUCUGUGGCUAACGACCCAGCCGCCAGGCUGCAGAUGCUCAACGUCACACCGCAUCACCACCAGCACUCCCACAUCCACUCACACCUGCACCUACAUCAGCAGGACCCACUCAACCAAGGUGAGGGUAAUGGGCCCCACCCUCUGGAUCCCCUGGCUCCUGGGCCCCGUCUGGCCCGCUUCCCCUUCCCUGGAGGCCCCAUCCCCAACCCUCUGCUCAACGACCUGCCCCACGACCAUGACAUGUUACGACACCCACUGUUUGCCUAUGCCGCUGUUGCAGGAGCAGGGUACCCCCGUGAGCUCCAGGGGCCCAUCCCCCAGAUGUCUGCAGCCCACCAGCUCCAGGCCAUGCACGCCCAGUCAGCAGAGUUGCAGAGGCUGGCCAUGGAGCAGCAGUGGCUACACGGACACCACCACCUACAACACGGGGGGCCUCUGCCCGGACAGGAGGAUUACUACAGCCGUCUGAAGAAAGAAGGUGACAAGCCAUCGUGAGACACCUGACGAUGUGAGUCACCAUGGAAAUGCAUAAAGAGAGAAUGCUGUGUAAUGCUGUGUACUUUUGAAAUACAUUGUGACAACUGAUCUUUUUUUAUUAGUUUAAAUGUAAUCGAGAGUUAAGAAUCUUUGUGGCUCAUAAUAAUUGUUUCUUGCUCAGCACUUAAAGGAAUAGUUUACUCCCAAAUCAUUGAAUGUUUGUGAGAGUAUUUCAUAUCUCAAUAAUGGUCUGUUAUAAAGAUUAACAUAGUUUCUGUUCCAUGCCAUUUUUUGUCUAUAGAUGUUAGACAUUUUUCCACUUAAUAUGGAUUUCAUAGCUUUUAGAUUUCUCCUAAUGCAAUAUAGCGGGCAGGAUCUACACAAUAGAUGGUGUGGAAUAUAGCUCACCUUUGAAGUUAUGAAAACAUCUGACAAACUUUGAUUAGGGGGUGACUAUCCUUUUAUUUUCUAAACAGUCUGACUGAUCUCCUUGUACAGAAUGACAUUUAAUAUUAUAUGUUUGGAUGAUUGACUGUAAUAACCUUGCAUGACUGUUUCUCUUCGAUUUUCAUCAGAACUUAGAGUAGCGUUGCUAAUGUGUGAUUAGACAACAAAAAAAGCAUAGUAGAUACAUUUUAUUCUAUAUCUGCAAAAUAUUUGUCUAAACCCUAAAGUUUUAUAUAUUUCAAGAUGUUUUCACAAUUUAACCUGACACACACAGUAACAUUUUUUAGAUUGUAAAUAAUACAUGUUCAAUAUUCUAUAUUAUUAACUAUGAUUAUUAUGAAUAUUAGUGAAUUCUUGACUUGCAAGCUGGCACAAUAAAGUUAAAUUAUUUAGCUAUACACACACAGAAUAUAUAGCGUUAUAAAGUAAAGUGAGUUAACACAGACAAUUCUAAAUUGGAGUAUCACUAUUGUCACCCCUGACAUAAAACGGUGUUUAGAACAGUGGAUCCAGAUAGUAAUAUUGUUUUGGUUAGACAAAACAGAAAAAGCAUUUAAACCUUGGCAUCUCUACCAUGGACAAACCCUGUUUGAAUAUUUAUGUGAAAUAAUAUGGAAAACAAAGUGUAUGCAUUGCAUAUUUAUUUGAAUAAAUAACUCUGCAAUAACA